CCGUGACACACCUGGAGAAAGAGAGAGAGAGAGAGAGAGAGCGAGACUGGCACCAGUAAAAAGCACACCACUUCAUGCCUGCCAGCUCCCAAACAAAUAGCUCCGCAGACAUGUCUCGGCUUUGUCCAGAUGGCGAUGUGACAUGGUCUGAUUCACACCGCGCGCCAUGAACGCCACACGGGGUCUGCUGACGGUUCUGAGUCUGGUGUGCCACUCGGAGUCCAGAUGCUCGCCGACGUCAUAUUAUAAGAACUGCUGGAUUCGACGGUUUCCGGGGAUUUUCAUCGACAUCGAGGAGUCUCAGCGCAGAGGAGCGCAGCUCCUGAAGAGUUACCAGGAGGAGACGGCGCUCACAUGCAGCCGCACCUGCUGCCUCACGAGGAACUUUUCCUGUAAUCUGGCCAUAUUUCACUAUGACACCACUCAAGAGAACUGCUUCCACCUGCACUGUCCAACCCUGGAGAGCUGUAUUCUCAGCCACAGAGGCAACGCUGUUCUGUAUAAUAUCACUAAGGGCGUGGAUCCCGACCUGUUGGUGUUUGGGAAAUACUUCAGCUCCAAUGUGCGCGUGUUACCCCUCCACUACAGCCGAGGCAACGCCUCAGAGCCGCUGCCCUCGGACAAACGCCAGUUUAUGCACCCGCCUCCGCCCGCUGCACUGCCUCUGACUUCAGCACCCACAGUUAAACCCCCCACCACAGCAAGCAGGGUGCUCCCCACCACCACCACCACGCAGCCAGGCACCAGACAGCCUUCAACACUGCCCACAACUACAGCUCCCUUAUCUUCCACUCCAGAGACUCUCCUCACGACCUCCACCACUUCUCGUGCACACAGCUCGACGACGCCUCCUUCGUCCAGCGCAACAGCCGCCCUCAGCUCUGCCUCUUCUGCCACAUCUGCACAGCCUUCCACUUCCCCAACCCAUCAUCAUCAUCAUCACACCACCACCACCUCUCAGCUGGCCACCAGCCCUCCAACUCCCACAGGCCUUCUGGCCAGUGUAGAGGGCAGCGAGCAAUACCCCAACGGCACCGCGGGCAGCUCGGGGAGGAACCACACUGCAGGCAGUGAUGAAGGUCAAGGGGUCAGCGGAGAGGACGACCUCGAAGGUUUGGGGCCUGGCUGGCACGUAGCCGCUCACACCUUGCUGGUCGCGGUGGCCAUCUGCGUCACCGUGCUGCUGAGCUGCUGUUGCUCCGUUCUGCUGGUCGUGAGCUGGAGGGGUCAGAGGAAGAGGAUGGGCCGCUACCGAACAUCGUGGAGGGGGGAAAAAGGCUCCAUGCGUCUGAUCAAAUACGUGCUGGUCAGAGAAAACUCCUGAAAGUCCGGCCCGGGCAGAAAAGAAGAUGGAAGUGACUUUUUCUCUUUUGUUUACAGCCAGGUUUGAAUGAGGGAAUCCAGGUGGAAGAGAUUUUAAUUGACAAAUUAGAAUUUGUACCGUUAUAUUUUUGUAAAAAUAAUGUUCACAUAGUGGAUUAUUUAAUAGCAGGGACAUUGCUUUAUAUUGCUUUAUUGCAAGCAGAUAGGGCUGAAAAUAUUUGAUAUAUAACAGAUGCAUUGAGGUGACAAUUCUGUACUUUGUCCUGCACCGGUCACUCUUUUGAUAUUGGGCUUCUUCUUUCAGACUAGUGGAGAGAAAACUUCCAAAAUACACAGUUUCUGUUCUCCUUAACUCACCAAAUGUUAGCAUUAUACAAUGCCUCGUAUGUAUAUUUAGAUGUACAAUUUCAAAAACUUUAAAAAAGUCAUUAGAAAUCAACUUGUUUUUUUUUACCCCAUCUGUCGUGUAUUGUAAAAUGACAAUUUUACAAUACAAAUCUUAAAUGGCCUUUUGGCUUUAUGCAAAUUAGCACAUAUGUAACAAGAUAAUGACUCAUUUGCAUAUUAAAACACCAUUUUGCAAAACUUGCACUACAAAAAAAACCUGUCCUAAUGUAAGUAUUCUUUUACCCUAUUCACCUGUCGUGCCCCCCCCCCCCUCCCACUGGUUGAAGGGAUUAUCGAAUACAUAGUUUCUCUCGUGAUGCAAUGACUUUAGACAGAAGAGCCAAACUCAGUCAAUGCAUUAGACCGCAGCAAUUUGCCUCCAGAAAGACGAUAUGAUGCCCGUUUGGCUAACAUACAUUUUUGAUGUACUUCAAUGAGUUUAAGCUGAUGUUGAUUCCAAACCUCCAGGACUCAAGUGGGAUUUAAUGGGCACUUCUAUAGAAGAAAAAAAGAAAUGCUCCAAUUUGACUGUGCGAUGACGGACUACAUUUUGCCUUGUGGCCCCUCAGUGUUUAACCCUCCUUUAGUCCUAGCACGUCUCCUCAGUGCAUCGGGUUUCUUCUGACCUAAAAGGGGCACGGACCACAGACCAAAACUCCUUCAGGUACCUUUCAACAAGCUGCUGCUGAAAGCAUCCUUUCACUGGGGCCGCCACUCCUCCACCUGACAGCGACGAGAGUGGGAUGAGAGUUUAGGC